AUGCAUUUCUCGACUCUUCUUACAUCCACUCUCCUGCUGGCAGGAACCGCCCUAGGCCGCCGAACAUAUUUCAAACGGCAACAACAGAGCAUGAUGGUCCACGUUGUGCAGGCCGGAGGUGCAAAUGGCGAACUCACCUUCUCCCCGAAUGAGAUCAAAGCCAAUCCCGGCGACCUGGUGCAGUUCCAGUUCUGGCCAAAGAAUCACUCGGUUGCCCAAUCUAACUUUGCCAACCCAUGCAUCCCGCUUCAGCAGUCGGUACAGAACACCACCAGCGCCUUUUACUCGGGUUUCAUGCCCACAACCGAACAAGGAAAGCUGGUGUAUACCAUCCCAGUCACGGAUACCAAGCCCAUCUGGUUUUACUGCUCUCAGGGAAAGCAUUGCCAAGGCGGCAUGGUUGGUGCUGUGAACCCCCCUGCGACGGGAAAUACUUUGGCCGCCUUCGUUGAGAAAGCCAAAGCUGCGCCUCAGAAUGUGUCCCCUGGCCAGGCGUCUGGCGGCUCGACCGGCCAAGCCGGAGGUGCAGGAAGCACUGGACAGAGUCCUUCCGGCACGACCAACAAUCCCACUCAGGCCGGCGGACCGCUUCAAUCUACUGGUGCCGCGUCUACGGUGGACGCUCCAUCCCGAGGCUUUCUCGGACUUGCACUUGCUGGUAUCGGAGCAUUCUUCCUCUUGUAG